CUUAGGGUGGGUGGUGUGAAUUUUAUUUUGGUUUUUUUCAAUUCUGGAUUUCGUGGACUAAUGAAUUUAAUGUGACCUAUACAAAUAUUCCAAGUAAAAGAUUAAUUUUAUUUAAGUAGAACAAUGUCACAAGUGCUUGGUUAAUUGUGAGAUUCAAAGAGUGCACAGACAGAAUGAAGCAAGAUGUAUCAUAAUCAGUGAUACCAAAAAAUCCUUUCUUUGGAGUUACACAUAAAUUAUGUAGAAUGAACAGACCGCCUUCAACACUUAGUUCCGAGAUUCCAGAACUAUCAACGCGAGCCAAUAAUGAUGCUACACAAGGAACACCCGCCUUGAGGCUGGAUAGAACUAAACCUGCUGGAUCCAAAGACAAUGGACGUGACGGUUCCGAUGAUUUGCUCGACCUCAAAGGAAAGGUGGAAUCUCGCUUACUGUCUAUGUGGAAUAACGUCAAAUUUGGAUGGACAGUUAAACUGAAGACAAGUUUUUCUAAGGAAUCGCCUGUUUGGCUGUUGGGACGUUGUUAUCAUCGAAAAUUAAGUCCAACUGGUUCUCUUGAGUCGUCAACUGAAAUCGGAACUGAAGCAACUGCUCAGCAACCUAUUGAGCAAAUAUAUGGCGAGGGUAUAGAAGGAUUCAAAUCUGAUUUUAUCAGUAAAUUGUGGAUGACAUACCGAAGAGAAUUUCCAACUAUGUCUGGUUCUACAUUUACCACCGAUUGUGGAUGGGGUUGCAUGCUCCGUAGUGGGCAAAUGAUGCUAGCUCAAGCAUUAGUUUGCCAUUUUCUUGGACGUUCAUGGAGGUGGUCACCAGAAAAACCUAUACAGAAUGCAAGAGAAUUUCAAGAAGACUGUCUUCAUCGUAUGAUAAUAAAGUGGUUUGGUGACAAAUCAUCAGUAAAUAGCCCAUUAUCUAUUCAUCAUAUGGUAAGAUUGGGUGAAUCUUUGGGUAAAAAACCUGGUGAUUGGUAUGGGCCUGCCUCUGUGGCACACUGUCUUAAAGCUGUAAUGACAGCAGCUUCCAAAGAAAAUUAUGAGUUUGAUAGUUUAGAAGUAUAUGUUGCUCAAGACUCAACAAUUUAUGUCCAAGAUGUAUAUUCCAGUUGUCAGUUGCCUAAUGGCUGUUGGAAAUCUCUUAUACUUUUAGUUCCUGUUAAAUUAGGUACUGAUAAAUUUAACCCUAUCUAUGGUCCAUGUCUAACUUCUUUGCUGACUUUGGAUUUUUGUAUUGGGAUAAUAGGCGGCAGACCAAAACAUUCAUUAUAUUUUAUUGGUUACCAAGAAGACAGAUUGAUACAUUUAGACCCGCAUUACUGCCAAGAAAUGAUAGAUGUGUGGCAGCCUAACUUCUCAUUACAAACUUUUCAUUGUCGAUCCCCCCGCAAAAUGCCUCUCAGUAAAAUGGAUCCUUCAUGUUGUAUUGGUUUUUAUUUAGGAACUCAGCAUGAUUUUGAGACAUUUGUUAAUAUUAUUACAUCAUUCCUAGUUCCCCAGGGUGUCUCAGCCAAUUUUGAAUAUCCUAUAUUCACAUUGCAUAAUGGAUCUCGUAGCAGCGUUAUGAACCCACCAAAUAUUAGAUAUUCCAUAUAUGAAAAUGAACAAAACUGGGUUACUCCAAACAUUCACGAUAGUGAUACUGAUAUUGAAUCAGAGGAAUUUGUUCUUGUGUGAUGUCAUCUUUCUACCCACAGGUGGAAAGUUGGAAUAGGAGUACUCUAAUUAUGUUAUUUGUAGUAGAAUUCAUGUAAAAAUGCUGUUAUAAUAUUAUUAUUAUUAGAUAGUUAAUGUUGUUAAAACUGAUGAAGUGGUUUUAUGGUUGGCAUGCAUUGUGUCAUAGUCAGCUUAUCGAAAUUGACUACAAAUAGAAAAUAUGUAGUGUAUAAGGUAAGGGCAUUCCCCAAUAUUUAUUAUUAUCUGAAAUCCAAUGGGAAGUCUAAUAUGAUUCCCAUGUGACACAGUCUGUGCUAACCAUUAUACUCUGUAUUUGUUUAUUUACUCUCAGGCUUGGUGUGCAAAGCUAAAAACUUGCCUGUAAACUUACAGAAAGUUAAAGUAAAUACAAAAUGUAAUUAAAAUAAAUAAAGAGUUUUAUUUAAACAUGUACUUAUUAUGUAAAUGUUAAACAAUUUAUUUAAUUUCUACCUGCUAUCACUGCUACUCAUGCAUGUUAAGAAAGUUAGAUCAAAAGAACUCACACACACACACACAAUCCUGAUUUGAAGGUCUAUUCUACUUUGAUCACCUGUAAAAUUUGAUCUAAGUGAAUUUCAUCUUAUUAUCAUCAUGAACUUUAUCCAUGGGUGAUCAAUUAGAACUUAACAGUCCUAUGUAUGUACCGAUAUUAAUACUUAGCUUUUCUGCCAUAAGUGUAUCAUUAAAUUAAUCAUUAUGAAUUAAAGUUUUAAUUAUUAAA